AUGAAGGAUACGGUGUCCACGGCCGCCGCCGCCGUCGUCCAAUACAAGAUUGGGCAAGUGAUGUACCCCGGCACGCCCACCCCUCCGACGCAUCCUAGCACCGCCAACCACCAGCGGCCACCCACCCGCGUGGCCAUGGCCGCUCGCCCGCACCCGAGGCGCAAGUUCUGCCCACGAACGUCGUGCCUCCCACCGCCAGGGCCGCCGCCCAGCAUCCAGACACCCCCAAGACCAUCCAAAGAGAUCAACUUUGAGCCACGGGGACUCCCCCGACCGACGAAUCGUAGCAUACGCCCUGCCUUGAACGUCGUCGGAGCUGCGACGACCCGCACACGGAUGGGGAAAGGGGGAGGUGGGGGAGCGGACACAUCCGGACCGGCACACCCCUGUGCCAGUGACGGGUGGCCCAAGCACGUCGGCGCCGCCCAUCCCUCCAGCCAACCUCCCCACCGAACACACCCCUGUGCCGCCCCACCGCAGCGGCCGACGCAGACCCGCACAAAGCCACCGACGAAGAUCCGACCACCGGCAAGGAGGAUCCCCACGGACCACCGCCAAUCGCCAAGAAUACUCACCGGGAAGCCCAUCUGCGCUGCCGCCGUCGUCCAGCCGGCGGAACGCCUGGAGCCUGACCAACACGCCCACCUACCACCUCCGCUGCGCCUCCACCACCACCAGCCACGGCCACGGCAGGGGCGGACGCCUGCAGCUCGCGCCGCCUGGGCCCAGAUCUGGCCGACCGACGCCGCUGGAACCCACCGCGCACCACCACCGCUGCAGCCCCUUCACACCGCCGCCCACAGCCCGCCGCCGGCUGCUGCCGCCGCGCCCCGAGCAAACGCCGCGCCGCCGCCCGACCCGGAGGCCCGCGCCCACCAGAUCGAGCAGGCGAAGGAGAGCGCCCGUCGCCGCCAGCAAGCCCGCCAGUACGUUGAGGCGGCGGCGAGGGGAGGGAGGAGCGAGGAGGGGGGCUGCUCGCGGCGGCACUAG